ACCGAACACCACUGCCCUCCAGAGGACCCACCACAUGAUGACAUGUAUUGCAGCAGCCAUCUUGUUUGAAGUGAAAACUACCCAGAAUCCAAAGCAGUAAAGGUCUGAGAGCUCCAUAAGACCUUGGAGUAUGAAUAGAAAAAGGACUGAGGCCCCAUCUGAGCUGAAGUAAACCAGAAAGAGAACUGAGUCCCCUUUCAAAUGAACUCGCAUUGUGAACACAAAAAGAACUGAUUUCCGUUUCUGUUGGUCCACUUUUGGGACCAGAUCUAGAGUUCUGAGUUCAGUUCCUUUAAAGAGGACUAUAAGUUAAAACACCCUUAGAUUCAACUGUUGUUCAACUGAACUCCGCAACUUUGCUGUGUACUUAGACUUGCUUACUUUAGCUUGCUCUUUAGACUGCCAACACUUUCUAUGCAGGACUGUGCCAACUUCUUUCUCUCUUCUCUUUUUCUUUACCUCACUACUUGUUUUAAAAUGCAGCUCACACCUAUACCUGGUCACAUAUCUGCCAGACUAAGAAGACGUACACCUCAUCAGAGGCAGAAACCUUAGUAACCCCUCUCAGCCUAUCAUAUCUCCACAGCCUCCUAUAAUCGUGCAUGGUGGUUUAUGGAACUGCCAAUCCUGCAUCAAGAAGGCUGAUUUCAUCUCUGGUCUGGAUUCAUCUCUCGCCAGUCUGGAUUCAAAGCUGCGCAUUCCACUGAGACUGCAGCUCUCGCCGUCUCUGAAAAACUUCAUGCAGCGAAAUCCUCCAACCUGUCCUCGGUUCUGAUUCUCUUGGACCUGUCUGCAGCCUUUGACAUGGUCAACCACCAGAUCCACCAGAUCCUCCUGGAUACUCUCUCCAGCCUUGGGAUUUCAGUUCCACCAGGUGAGAAGAGUGAUGACCAUCCUGUUCCUUACCAUGGUUAUUUCAUACUUCAGUUGCAUGAAAGCCGCCCCCAUGAAAGAUGCCCCCGGGACAAGGGGGCAGGGUGCCGAGGGUUACCUGAGCGACGCGGUGGCAUGGAGCCACGGGACUCCAGAGAGCGGGGGCGGCGCCCAGCGCAGGGGGCUGCCGUCUCUGACGGACACCUUCGAGCAGGUGAUCGAGGAGCUGCUGGAGGCGGAGGGGGGGCCGCAGGGGGCCGGCGGCCGCGGGCCUGACCCAGAGAGCCGGGCGGCAGAAGAGGCGGCGGCGGAUUCCAAAGACGUCGACGUGUUCGCGUCCCGAGUGGUGAUCAGCAAUCAAGUGCCUUUGGAACCACCAUUGCUCUUUCUUUUGGAGGAAUACAAAAAUUACCUGGAGGCGGCCAACAUGUCGAUGAGGGUGCGCAGGCACUCGGACCCGGCGCGGCGCGGCGAGCUCAGCGUCUGUGACAGUACAAGCCAGUGGGUGACCGCCGUAGACAAAAAGACAGCCAUAGACAUGUCUGGGCAGACGGUCACAGUCCUCGAGAAAGUGCCGGUGCCCAAGGGGCAGUUGAAGCAAUACUUUUACGAGACCAAAUGCAACCCCAUGGGCUACACAAAGGACGGCUGCCGGGGGAUAGACAAGCGGCACUACAACUCGCAAUGCCGGACAACCCAGUCGUUCGUGCGCGCGCUCACCAUGGAUAGCAAAAAAAAAAUCGGCUGGCGAUUCAUACGGAUAGACACUUCCUGUGUAUGCACAUUGACCAUUAAGAGGGGGAGAUAGUGAACGAAAUGUAUAGAUUUUAUGGAGAGUUUAAAAAAAAGAAAAUAAAAAUAUCUAUUUGUGUAUAUACAUAACAGGGUAAAUUAUUCCGUCAGAUGAAAAUUUUAUGGACUGCAUGUAAAAAAAAGAAAAAAAAAAGAUGAAGUUUAUACAGUAAAAGUGAUACUACAGUCUAUUUAUUGAACAUAUUCAUGACCUUGUAAACGAUUAAAAUAACUAAUCAGUCAUUCGCGCACAAUUUAAAUUACUAUAUUACAUUCCUCAAGACAUCGUGGUUUGUUUACGUUGCCAAGAAUUUGAGAAAUAAGGAAAUGGAAAGUGAGGAAGGGUUAAAUAAAAAAUAAUCUGCAUGCUGCUUCAAUUGUGAAUUUAGAAACUGUCCACUUCGGGGGGGAAAAGUAUAAAAUUCUGACCAAAACAUUCCAUUUACAUUUUCAACAGUAAAUGGUCUUUCCUCUUCUCGGUACUAUAUCUGUUUACUGCUCCAAACUUCUCAAGGUAAUGUUGGAAUUACAUACUAUGUCAAGGUGCUGUUGUCAAAGCUUUGCUGUUUUAUUUUUUUAUCCCCAUGUUGAAAAAAAGAAUAUAUAUAUAUAAAUAUAUAUAUAAAAAUAUUAAAUUUAUUCAUUGA